CCUUUAAAGCGGCCACAUGCAGCCCGGCGGCGGCCACAAUCACGGCCGGCGGGGCGCGAGCGGCAGCGGCAAUCAGUGCGGAGCCCGCCCGUCCCCCGCCCGGGACAGGGCCGGCCGGCGCGAAGAUGGCCGGGGCCAUCAUCGAGAACAUGAGCACCAGAAAGCUCUGCAUCGUCGGGGGGAUCCUGCUGGCGUUCCAAGUCAUCGCCUUCCUGGUGGGAGGUCUGAUCGCUCCCAGCCCCACUACAGCUGUUCCUUACAUGUCAGUGAAGUGCAUUGAUGUAAGGAAAAACCACCACAAAACCAAGUGGCUGAUGCCCUGGGGACCCAACCACUGCGACAAGCUCAAAGACUUCGAUGAGGCGGUGAGCAGGCAGAUCGAAGCCAAUGAUAUCGUAUUUGCCGUGCAUGUUCCCCUCCCCAGCAAGGAGAUGAGCCCCUGGUUCCAGUUCAUGCUUUUCAUCAUGCAGCUGGACAUCGCGUUCAAGAUGGACAAUGACCUGAAAGAAAAUGCCGAAAUUACCCUGGAUGUGUCAUUAGCGUAUCGCGAUGACAAGUUUGAUGAUUGGAAAGAAAUAGCACAUGCAGUAGAGAUCAGGAAGCUGAAAUGCACCUUCGGCUCACCAAAAACCCUGGACUCUGAGGGCCGUCACUAUGACUGUGACUUCCUUCCCUUCAUGGAGAUCGGUAGUGUGGCCCACAAGUACUACCUCAUCAACAUCCGUCUCCCUGUGAACGAGAGGAAGGGCAUUAAUGUGGGUAUUGGAGAAAUCAAGGAUAUCCGCCUUGUGGGCAUCCAUCAAAACGGAGGCUUUACGAAAGUGUGGUUUGCCAUGAAGACCUUCCUCACCCCCAGCAUUUUAAUUAUCAUGGUCUGGUACUGGAGACGGAUCACGCUGAUGACACGUGCCCCUGUCCUGCUGGAGAAGGUCAUCUUUGCUCUGGGAAUUUCCAUGACGUUCAUUAACAUCCCUGUGGAGUGGUUUUCCAUUGGAUUUGACUGGACUUGGAUGUUGCUCUUUGGAGACAUUAGACAAGGCAUUUUCUAUGCUAUGCUCCUGUCAUUUUGGAUCAUCUUCUGCGGAGAGCACAUGAUGGACCAGAAUGAGCGGAACCGUCUCUCAGGGUACUGGAAGCAGGUUGGACCCAUAGCUGUUGGCUCCUUCUGCCUUUUCAUCUUUGACAUGUGUGAGAGGGGAGUGCAGCUGAAGAACCCCUUCUAUAGCAUCUGGACCACCGAAGUUGGCACGGAGCUGGCUAUGGCCUUUAUUAUAGUGGCGGGAAUCUGCUUGUGUCUCUAUUUUCUCUUCCUGUGUUUUAUGGUCUUCCAAGUGUUCAGAAACAUCAGUGGAAAGCAGUCAAGCCUCCCAGCCAUGAGCAAAGCUCGCCGUCUUCAUUAUGAGGGGCUGAUUUUUAGGUUUAAGUUCCUGAUGCUCAUUACCUUGGCUUGCGCAGCGAUGACUGUCAUCUUCUUCAUUGUGAGCCAGGUGACUGAAGGCCACUGGAAGUGGGGGGACAUAACGAUACAAGUGAACAGUGCCUUCUUCACUGGCAUCUAUGGGAUGUGGAACCUCUACGUCUUCGCCCUGAUGUUCCUGUAUGCGCCAUCGCACAAGAAUUACGGUGAAGAUCAGUCAAAUGGUGACCUGGGAGUAAACAGUGGGGAAGAGCUUCAGCUCACCACCACCAUCACCCACGUGGAUGGGCCGACAGAGGUUUAUAAGCUGGCUCGCAAGGAGGCUCAGGAGUAAUGCUGAGAUCACCUCAGCUGGGACCCAGACCGGGGUGAGAGCAGAGGACAACACAAUGCCUUCUGGGAGGAGGCCUCUGUGACCUAACUUGCUUCUCAAGCACCCGGUACCUAGUGUAAUUUCACAGAGCGGUGACACCGAACAGAACAUUUGUAAACUCUUUAAUAUGGUGUAGUUAUUUCUGGGGGGAGGGAUACGUAUAAUGUGUUACACUCGAGCAUGUCAAAACCUGCUAGAAAAGCAUUAAAGUUGCAAAGUCGGACAUGCGGAGGUUAGGAAGGGGCAGAGCUGACACUGAGUGGUUUGUAUUUGGCUACCGUGUGCCUACGCACAAGGGCAGCGUAGGGAGCUCAGCUGGUAAGUGCAUAUUCCGUGCUUCAAGUUUUUGCAGGGGUAAUAAAAGCCUCAUUAUAAAUACAUUUAAUUCCACCAUCCAUUAUUGUAUUGAACCUUGUUUGAGGUGUUUAAUACAACCCUGCAACUCCACAGCAAACCUGUCACUUAAAUAACACACAGCUGGGAUAGGGAGUAGAUUGUAAUAUAUAGAACUUCAGUGGAAGCAGCGACAUGCUUUCUUAGUAGGUUUUACAGGUGUAGGGGAAUGUAAAAACUGGAUGCCUGAGCUGAGUUGCAGGAGAAAGGAGUUCUCCUGUCCAGAGGUCCCAAUCCUGCAGUCAGCUCCUGCCUAUUCUUAGCCCCUUUGGCUUUCCUCCCUCUUGUUGUCUUUACCCAUCUUACCUUCUUGUUACAGAUCUUUCGUUGUUAUGCUGCUUACGUGUCAUGGGGAGAAGGGAAAGCCCGUGGGAGGGAUGGUGUGUUCUCAGUUCCCAUGCCUGUGAGCUGGGCGGUCCUGCUCCUCCUUGCACUGCUGGGGUGAUGGAGCAUGCUUGGCAGAGCUGGAUUCUUCCAGGGAUUAUCAGACUUGAAAAAAUCCACUUGUCACACACUAACGUAGGUAUUUGCUUUUCAAAGCUAAAGCAGCCAAUAAGGUUGCUCACCCCCAUGCUGUGCCUGGGCAGAUCUGGCUGAGAGAGUGUUUGCAGUGUGAGAGGAACUGGAACUGAUAUGGGAUAUGAAGGUGUAAACUGAGCUAUGCUGGGGACCAAUGGAGGGAAGUGUUAAUGGGGCCAGAAUGGUCUGCAUUUCAGGGCACACCUUCUUCCAGGAUCUGGAGGAUCCAGAGGGCCUAAUCACUUGGCACUAGUAAUUGUUGUUGUUAACUGAUAGUAACAUGUAAAUCAACUUCACAGUUUUGUCCCUAAAAGAUAAGAAUCUGCUACUGCUGUCUUGUGUCUGAAGGGUCAGAGAUUAGGAAGAGCCGUGAAGCUCCCAGAUGCUUGCAAGCAGACAUCAGUGGUACUGAUAGAAACACUGUCCUGGACAAGGUGACACAUUGUCCUUGGAUUCUUAAAACUUCUGAAAUUACAUGUUAAUUAUUAGAGUAUUAAGGCUGCAAACUGAAACAAUAAUUGGAAAAUAUCAGAAGUGAGAUCGUCUAUGAAACCUUGAUCCAUCUCUGGUCAACGUAUGCAUUAUGUCAUGCAAUGAAAGCCUGUUCCAUGCUAGCUUUACUGUCACGUUCUGGCUUGUAUGUGAGUUGAGAGCAUUAGGCAGGAGUUGAGGCUGUGCAGCUAGAGCUCUCCUUCACACUGAGAGGUGCUGGUUCAUCACAAUUCCCACCACAGCAGCAUCUCGUAAUCAGUGAGGCCCAUCCCUGGCUGUCCCAUUCACCCCUGCACACCCACUCUGCUGUUUGCAUGGGGCAGCAGCUCCAGCAGAGCAGCUCAGUUUGAGUCUAACCAUCUCUGUCACCAUCUCGAGCAUGUUAGUAACCAAAUACAGCACCAGUUUCCCUUACCUUUUGCUUUCCCUUCCCCAUGUUUCUUGAGACAAGUCAGUACUUCAGCUGGGGUGAAGCAUUCAAAUAAUUCCCCCUCAUUUUCCCAGUCCACCAGGGAAGGGGGCCAGAAGGCUGGUGCCUGCCUCUCGGCUUCGUGCGGGGCUGGACAGACACCCAAUUUCCUUGCCAGCCUUGCCCCAGAAGGGAUUUCUAACUGGGCCUUCUGACUGCGCCACAUGAAUCGCACUGAGAGGUACUGGGCUGUUACGAUCCCAGUAAAAACAGUGCUCUGUAAAGUAGCAUUUAAAAUACCAUUUUUAAAGAAGUCAACACUAUGACGAAAAAGAGGGUAGCGUAUAUAAUCUUGCACCCCUUCAGUUUCCUGGAAGCCUGGGUUGUGCACCAUGGAACAGGUCUCCAAUCUGGGUGCAGCGUACUGGGCAGACUCCCUCUGCAGAAAGGUUACCCUGGGUUUGUUAAUUCAAGCUAAUCUAGCAUUUUCUUAAAAGAAAGCAAUUCUGUUCAUCAUUCGGUUCACUCCCACCAGGAUCUCCAGCUCCCCCUGCUCCUGACAGCAUCUCAGAUGAGAUGCAGGGUCAGAUCUGAGGAAUGCCGAAUGCAUCAUUCUGGGUGAAGUCACUGUAGCACAGAAAAAAUGCUGACCACUACUCAAGGAAGUAGCUUUGGCUGGAUUUGGAUACUUGAGCACUGAUUAUUUUUAACAAGUUUGGAUUUUUUUGUACAGUGGGGUGAUAGUGCGCCUGUACUGAAAGGAAAUACACCUUAAAAGAAAAAAACAGAAGAAGAAAAAAAAGGGGGAACACUUACUGUAUGUGGAAUAAGCGCUCGGGCUGCGCCUUCCACACAGAUGGCAAAAUGUAACUUGUAAGCAAUUUACAUAAGGAAAACAAGUGCUACUAGGUACAAGUGGUGUUCCUGCUAGCAGUAGUUGAUUACAGAGUGAGUCAAAUUAACGCACAUCAUCGUAACUCCAGCAUGUUCCUGGAGCGCUCGACUUUGCAACUUUAACGACCUUUUCACGCUGGGUUCUUAUGUGAUAUUUAUGUUGUUCCAAUAGGUGUGUCCAUGGUUUCUUUUACAGCUUAGUAUAGCAUUGCGUUUUGUAAAGGCUCCUUACAAGUGGGGCUCCUUACAGCUUUAAAACCAAAUUUUGUGUCAAACACUAACAGUUUGUUUACGGGCGCGUGUAUGUGUGUGCGCGUGUGUGUGGUUUUUUAUUUCUUAAUUCCUAAGCCCUACUCAUAUGUCUCAAAUAGUCCCUAUGUCUUAUUAAAAUAUAUCCUUUUUUUUUUUUAGAUCGAGUUCAGUUUUUAAUGAAUGCUUUAAGCAACCUGGAAAACAUGUAGUUUUGUUAAUUUA